UGGGGACGGGGCUGGGGCAGGAAUAAGCGCUCGCCGCUCCCCGGCGGGAGCAUCCCGGAGCGGGUCCUUGCUCCGGCAUUUCCUCGCGUGUUCCCUUGCCGCCCCUCGCCCUCUCAGGAGAGCCGCCCUCGGGACGGUGUGACGAGGCCCGGGCACUGGGCAGAGACGGCGAUCCCCGGCGCCUCACCACCGCAGCCGCCCCCCUGUCCAGCGGGGAAACCGGGAGCGUGGGGGCGGAGGGCGGCCCGGGGCUGCGGAGCCCCCCGGCCAUGGAGCAGGUCCAGAUGAUCAACAUCCAGCGGCUGCUGGAAGCGGCCGAGUAUCUGGAGCGAAGGGAGAGAGAGUGUGAACACGGCUAUGCCUCGACCUUCCCCUCAGUUCCAAGCCCUGGACUACAAGACCCGAAGCCCCCGCGGAGGCUGAGCCGGGCACGGAAAUACAGCGGCAGUGGCAGCAUUGCCAGUAUUGCCACCAGGUCUACGCACAACGAACUAGAAAAGAACCGCCGAGCUCACCUCCGCCUGUGUCUAGAACGCUUAAAAGUUCUGAUACCGCUCGGACCAGACUGCACCCGGCACACCACGCUUGGGCUGCUCAACAAAGCCAAAGCACAUAUCAAGAAACUUGAAGAGGCUGAGAGGAGAAGCCAACACCAGCUUGAGAACCUGGAACGAGAACAAAGAUUCCUAAAGAGAAGACUGGAACAGCUACAGGGUCCUCAGGAGAUAGAGCGAAUACGAAUGGACAGCAUUGGAUCUACCAUUUCCUCGGAUCACUCGGACUCGGAGCGAGAAGAGAUUGAAGUGGACGUUGAAAGCACAGAGUUCUCCCAUGGAGAAGUGGACAAUAUCAGCACAACCAGCAUCAGUGACAUUGAUGAUCACAGCAGCUUGCAGAGUAUUGGGAGUGAUGAGGGUUACUCCAGCGCCAGUGUCAAGCUCUCGUUUGCUUCCUAGAACCAAGUGAGACAACAGUGCAGGGUGAAUGAUUUCACUGGGAUGAUCAAACUGGGUCCUAGAUGCCAGUAUCCUCUUUCAGAAUUGACAUAUUGACAGCUAGGCCUGGAGAGACCUGUAUAUAAAGCUUUUUGGGUAAAGGAAGCCUCCCCAGAAACCCAUAUUUGUCCAUUUGGUCAUGUUACCAAUCCCAAUUUCUGCUGGCAAAAAGUUAGGCCAAAUACUAGUCCCUUUGCAGUCAAUUAAAUCCGUUUGUUUCUGUGGGACCUGGAUCUAGACCUUAGUGAUGAAACACUUUGUUUUGAAUUUAUUUGAAAUUGUUUGAAAGAGGAUACUAGAGACUCAUCCCUCUCUUUCUGUCAUGAGAUCUGAGAAAUGUCAAAAUUUCUUACACUGCAUUCAGAUUGAACAACCUAAUUUAGGCCCUUCUGAAGAGCUUUUGUGGUCCUGAAAGGACUGUAUCCUACAGCUUACCACAAUCUAAUGCUGUCACAAAUUACUAGGAAAUCUCAGAAGGCUUACGUAGCCUAGGAAUAACAGUGACAAUAAUGAUUAAGGUCUCAUUCUGUGCCCAGAGGGAGAGGGGCAGCGAUGUUCAGGGGAGAACACCAUUCAACUCAGCUUUCUGUUGGACAUCAUUUAAGCAGUGAGUACCUCUGAAGCGUGGCUAAAGUGAGAGGUACACACCUGUAAUCUACCAGCACAGGGCGGGCUGUCAGGCCUGGGGCUGUGCCAGCGCCAGCAGAUCCCCGGUAGAUGUGUGCCCCUCGCAGGCACAUGGCCAGCUGAGGGCAGAACGAAACCAGCACUCGAGAGGUGACACACCAGACAGUCAUGCCCAGAUACUGAGCCACUAUGACCUUUUUAUUUGAAGUGAUUUUUUGAUAAACAUUUGUAAAUGUGUUGGGAGGGAAAACACCCCAAGUCUGAUGCAUCUUUUUAGAGCUUGUCCAUAUGAAACCUUAGAUGUCUUUUAUAUGAAUUUAUGCCAUGAAAAGAUCUCUGUUUUGAUGAAGCACUUGACCCAAUGAAAUGCAAAGAUCCUUUUUUUUGCCAUGCACACAAUGGAUGAAGGCUGUGCUAAGCUGGAAGAGGCCAGGUUUGGUGGGGGUUUCUUCAGUUUUCUUUUUAGAAUCAUUCCCUUUGCUGACUUUUGAAGUUCCAGUCCAGUAGUUAACCUAGUUAAGCUCAGCACGUCUCUCAUGUUAAUGUAACGUUUUGACUGCACGUCCUGUUCCCAAGGGCCUUGCCAUCUUAUCUGUGCAGGUGCUGUUAAGAGCUGUUAUAGCAAAUGUUUUCUAAUUUUCUCCAAGACAAGCAUUCUAACCUGCACUUUGAGGGCUUUGCUUUUUUAUUUUUGUCUUUUUAAUGGCCAGGAUUAUUUUGUUUUCCAAGUUUUAAAAACCUUAAUAGAGUCUUCACCUAUGGCAUUGUUUGAAACUUUGUAUAUCCUUAAGUAAUUUAAUUACCCGUCAUUACUAAGAAAAAAAGAUGAAAAAAUGCUUUAUAAAAUUCAUAACUUAUUGCUGAUUUGAAUGGGUUGUUAAUUUCAGUCCUUUAGAUUUUAUUUUAUUGUUUUAGAUAGGGUUGGGUAAAAAGAGGUAAAAUAAAGUAAAAAAAUAAAGACAACCAUAUUUAGCAGUGCAGUGGAAUUGUGUUUAAAUGUUAGCAUAUGGUCCCCAUUAAAGUAGCACUUUAACGCCAUUAAACAUUUCUGUAUCUGAAA